AUGUCGGUUCACGGUGACAGCGACGUAGACGCGACGGAGGAGAUCAACGUGGACGACUCCGAUUCCGGAAGUUGCAGUCCACGUAAUUACGUCACCGACAACCGUCGGCUCGAGCAUUCCGAAUGUUCAAAUUCUCCACCGCCGAGUCAAACCAGCUCGAGAACAUUGCAAAACGAGUCACCCAGGAGCCACCCGUUCAGUAUAAGUCGUCUUUUAGGUGAAAAUCGGCCGCAAAAUCCAAAAAGUCCUUCGUUGGAAGAUCCAGAUAGCGAUAAGGAGAGAAAAUGGUCGUGGGAGGAAGGUAAUAACAACGGAGGCUCCUCGAUGACUUUGGACGAUGGUAGGAGAUCCUGGGGUCACGAGAUUGAAGAAAAAUUAUCGGAAAAGGACGACGACGAUACCGGUAGCACGCCGGAGGCACAGAUGAAUUCAACAUCGUCGGUGCACUGUACGAGCGCGACAGAUCUGUUGGCGCCGUUCAGACUUUUCCCAACCGGAUCCGGUCUGAUAUACACCGGCGGAAGCGUAAUAAGAGUUCCUGCCCAUCGGCCACAUGGUGCUAAUGGGACAGCAACGGGUGCUCUGCCGACACAGGCGUUGAUACCACCUUGGAGUUUACAAGCUCUUCAGCACAGUCAACAACAAGCGGCGGCGGCCGGUCUUCACAGGGCAAGCUUGUUGGCAAACCUCGCUGCACAUCCGCUCCAGGGACACCCACACCUCAAGGAUAGACUCGCAG